UCCUCUUCACAUGACUCUCCCCUCACUCCAUCCCACAUUCAUUUCUAAGAUCUCAUCUCCCCCUGGCCCCUGGUUCCCUCUCUCACUUCCUCCAUGCCUCCCUCCCUCGCCGCCUUCGUCUUCUUCCUCGGCCUCAUUUCCUCAGUCCACUCCCACUUCUGUUCCCCACACCACCAAUCCCUCUGCCCUCCCUUCACCUCCACCCCUUCCUUCCCCUUCUCUUUCUCCCCCGGCUGCGGCCACCCCUCUUUCCAACUCAAAUGCCACGCUAACCACUCCCUCAUCUCCAUCAACAACCUUCCCUUCUCCAUCCUCCGCUACGAGCCCAACUCCACCUCCCUCCUCCUCUCCCCCCGCAUCAUCAACUCCACACUUCAUUCCAAACCCAACUGCUCAUCCCCUCUUUCAAUCCCCACCCACUCCAUCAACCUCUCCUCCUCUCCUUUUCGCUUCUCCGACGGCUCCUGCAGCCGCCUCUCCGUUCUCAAACCCUGCUCCCCUCCGAGCCUCCCCAACUGCAGCCACUGCCCUUGGGAAUGCAAGCUCAUUAAGAGCCCGGUAAAGCUUCUCCACGGCUGUGGAUCUAGCCACAGCUCUGUUCCCAACCAGGGCUGCCAGGGCGAUGUCUUGGGCUAUCUCGACAGCUUCCUCCAGCUGGGGAUCGAGCUCAAGUGGGACGAAGCUCAAGACUCCUACUUCUCAAACUGCGGAGACUGUAAAGCCAAGAACGGCCUCUGCGGCUUCAAUUCCUCCGACAUGUUGCAGCCGUUUCUCUGUCUCCGCACCAUAGCUCAGCUCUCGCCGCCGUGGAUUAGUACUCACAACCCCAAUCGAGUUGCGAUUGUCUGCUCUGUCUUCGCAGUGACGUGCUUGAUGGUGGUAGUGUCAGUCUCUGUAGCUAUAUUCAGAGCCAGAAGACUCCACCCCGCCGCCGCAGAAGAAGACCCGACGGCAUUGUUCCUCCAGCGCCACCGCUCCGCCAGCCUCCUCCCUCCUGUCUUCACCUACGAAGAGCUGGAAAUCUCCACCAACAAAUUCGACAGCAAGCGCAAAAUCGGCGACGGCGGGUUCGGCUCAGUCUUCUUAGGCCACCUCUACGACGGCCGCGUCGUCGCCGUCAAGUACCUCCACAAGCCCCACCACUCCUCCAGCUCCGGCAAUAAGGCCUUCUGCAACGAAAUCCUUAUCCUCUCGUCAAUUGACCAUCCUAACCUCGUCAAGCUCCACGGCUACUGCAGCGACCCCCGAGGCCUUCUCCUAGUCUACGACUACGUCCCCAACGGCACUCUCGCCGACCACCUCCACGGCCACAAGAGCCUCUACCGGAGAGGCUCGAUGACGUGGCAGGUGAGGGUUGAUAUAGCUUUACAGAUAGCCAUGGUUAUGGAGUACUUACAUUUCUCGGUGGUGCCUCCGGUGGUUCAUAGGGACAUUACGUCGUCUAAUAUUUUUGUCGAGAAAGAUAUGAGGAUCAAAGUCGGGGAUUUCGGGCUGUCGAGGCUGUUGGUGUUCCCCGAAACGACGUCGUCGAGUUCGGGCUAUGUUUGGACCGGGCCGCAGGGGACGCCGGGUUAUUUGGACCCGGAUUACCACCGGUCGUUCCGGUUGACGGACAAGAGUGACGUGUACAGCUUCGGGGUGGUGGUGUUGGAGUUGAUAUCGGGGCAGAAGGCGGUGGACCAGAGGAGGGACAAGAGGGAGUUGGCGUUGGCGGAUAUGAUGGUGUCCAAGAUCCAAAUGGGCCUGCUCCACCAGGUGGUCGACCCGGUUUUGGUUGUGGAGGGGAGUGUGACGGAUGGGGUCGACGUGGCGGCGGAGCUGGCGUUUAGGUGUGUUGCGGCGGAGAAGGACGACCGUCCAGAUGCGAGGGAGGUGGUGGAGGAGCUGAAGCGGAUCAGGAGCCGUACACGUGGGGUUAGCCGCGCUUCGAGUUCGAAUGUGAUUGGUGGGGAGGUGACGAAAAGCUGAGCGUGAUGGGGGAUGGUUGGGGUUGCACAUGUGCAAAAGGUUUGACUGAGGAGAAAGGAACAGUCUUUGAAAUCAGAAUAGGUCUGAUGGCUUUUG